UGCGGGGCGGGACCGGGACCGGGACCGGGACUCACCUGCGGCUCCGCGGCGGCAGCGUCCCGAUCCCUCCGGCACCGCACCGGCACCGGCACCGUACCGGCAGCUAGCCAUGGGGCGGCGGGGGGGCUGCCCGGCCCCGCUCUGCCUCCUCCUCCUCCUCCUCCUCCAGGCUGGUCACCGGCUGUGCGAGCGGGCAGCACCGUGCCAGCCCGGCUUUGCCAAAGAGACCUUCGCCUUCGCCGUGGAACCGGACGGCGUGGCGGCGGGACAGGUGCUGGGACACGUGAGUUUUGUGGACUGCGGCGAGCAGCGGCACACCACGUACCUCUCGGAUGACUCGCGCUUCAAGGUGAGCGGGGACGGCGUCGUCUCUGCGACCCGGCCUCUGCAGCUCCGGCAGCGGGAGAUCAGCUUCUCCGUCCAUGCCUGGGACGCCGCAGGCAAGAAGCAUUUGGCCAGGGUGACCCUGCGCAGGCGGUGGCACCGCCGUCACCACCACCAGCAGGACACGGAGCCCGAUGUGCUGACCUUCCCCGAGCCCGGCCAUGGCCUCCGGCGGCAGAAGAGGGACUGGGUCAUCCCCCCCAUCAACUGCCCCGAGAACGAGCGGGGGCCCUUCCCCAAGAAGCUGGUGCAGAUCAAAUCCAACAAGGACAAGGAGACCAAGGUUUUCUACGGCAUCACGGGGCAGGGGGCGGACACCCCCCCCGUGGGUGUCUUCAUCAUUGAGCGGGAGACGGGGUGGCUGGAGGUGACGAAGCCGCUGGACCGGGAGAAGAUCGACAAAUACGUUCUCUUCUCCCACGCGGUGGCGGCCAACGGGCAGCCCGUGGAGGACCCCAUGGAGAUCAUCAUCACCGUGACGGACCAGAACGACAACCGGCCCGUCUUCACCAAGCAAGUCUUCAUCGGUUACAUCGAGGAAAACGCGAAACCAGGCACAUCUGUGAUGACCGUGAACGCCACGGAUGCAGACGAUGGGAUCAACGUGAACAACGGCAUCAUCGGCUACUCCAUCCUCAGCGAGGAGCCCAAGAGCGCGCAAAGGAUGUUCACCAUCGACCCACAGAAGGGUGUCAUCAGCGUCAUCGGCACAGGGCUGGACCGGGAGACCACUCCCAACUACACGCUGAUCAUCCAGGCUGCGGACCAGGAGGGCAGUGGCCUGACCAACACUGCCACCGCCAUCGUGGAAGUCACCGAUGCCAACGACAACCCUCCUGUCUUCGACCCCACCGUGUACGAGGGGACAGUGAACGAGAACGAGGUGGGGGUGGUGGUGGCCCGGCUGCACGUGACAGACCAGGACAUGCAGGGCUCCCCUGCCUGGCAAGCCGUUUACCGCAUCAAGAGUGGGGACCAGGAUGGCGACUUCAGCAUCACCACCGACCCCAAAACCAACGAUGGCAUUCUGAAAACUGCCAAGGGCCUGGAUUAUGAGACCAGGAGCCAGUACAACCUCCUGGUAACGGUGGAGAACGCUGUCCCCUUCGCCGUCCCCCUGUCGCUCUCCACGGCCAGCGUCCUGGUGCUGGUUGGGGACAUGAACGAAGCGCCUGUCUUCGUGCCCCCCGUCAAGAGGGUGGAGGUGAUGGAGGACCUGCCACUGGGGCACCAGAUCACCUCCUACACGGCCCAGGACCCGGACAGGGAUCAGAGGCAGAAAAUCACGUACCGCAUGGGCAGUGACCCCGCAGGGUGGCUGGCCAUCGACCCCGAGAACGGCUUCGUCACGGUAGCCCAGCCACUGGACCGGGAGUCGGUGCACGCCAUCAACAGCACCUACAAGGCCAUCGUCCUGGCUGUGGACAGCGGGUCGCCGGAUGCCACCGGCACGGGGACGCUGCUCCUCCUCCUCCAGGACGUGAACGACAACGGGCCCAUGCCAGAGCCCCGGUUCUUCGACAUCUGCAGCCGGCAGCCCGAGCAGCAGAUGCUGAACAUCGUCGACAAGGACCUGCCCCCCAACACCUACCCCUUCCAGGCAGCGCUGGAGCACGGCUCCAGUGCCAACUGGACUGUCAAGGUGACCGGACAAGACCUGCUGGUGCUGAGCCUGGUGAAGGAGCUGGAGCCGGGGGAGUACAGCAUCUUCCUGAGGCUGACGGACAGCCAGGGCAAGGCGCAGGUGACGCCGGUGAAAGCUCAGGUGUGCGACUGCGAAGGGCCGGCCAAAAACUGCGAGCGGCGAGCGUUCAUCGCCAGCGGCUUGGGCGUCCCCGCCAUCCUCAGCAUCCUGGGGGCCAUCCUGGCGCUGCUGAUCCUGCUGCUGCUGCUGCUGCUCUUCGCCAGGCGGAGGAAGGUGGUGAAGGAGCCGCUGCUCCCGCCCGAGGACGACAUGCGGGACAACGUCUACCACUACGACGAGGAAGGCGGCGGCGAGGAGGACCAGGACUAUGACCUGAGCCAGCUGCACCGGGGCCUGGACGCCCGCCCAGAGGUGAUCCGCAACGACGUGGCCCCCCCGCUGAUGGCCGCCCCCCAGUACCGGCCCCGGCCCGCCAACCCCGAUGAGAUCGGAAACUUCAUCGAUGAGAACCUGAAAGCGGCCGACACGGACCCCACGGCCCCCCCCUACGACUCCCUGCUGGUGUUCGACUACGAGGGCAGCGGCUCGGAGGCCACCUCGCUCAGCUCCCUCAACUCCUCUGCUUCCGACCGCGACCAGGACUACGACUACCUCAACGACUGGGGCAGCCGCUUCAAGAAGCUGGCAGACCUCUACGGCGGCGGGGAGGAGGAUGACUAGGAUCCUCCCGUGGCUCCGGUCCGGCCGGCAGCCGCCCAGCGCAGGCAGCUCACCUCAUUUCACCCAACUGGACUCACGUCGGUCUUUGCCCCGGGGGGUGGCCGAACCCCCCUCCAACACCCCCUCAACCUGGUAUCCACAUCCCCCAUGUUCAGUGCAGGGGAAGCUUGGGGUCACUGGGGCUGGGAGGGGGGCGGUUUGGGGACCCUGUGUGUUUCCUGGCCCCCCCUCGGCUCCAGGUGGGACAUGGAGCCAUUUGGUCUGUUCCCCGUCCUGGAGCCAAGGUGCUCUGGCUGCGCGGGCCAGGAUCAGCUCCUCUUCCCCGGCAGGGACAGGCCCUGUUGCCUCCCUCCCUUUGCCGUGGGGGGAAAAAAGCGUUUCUCCGGCGCUCUCUGAAAUACCUCGUGCUCCCAGCUCCGACACAAGUGCCAACCUGCCGCCGCGCUCGGCUCGCAAACCUGGCACCGGAGAAGCAGGGCGGCCCCAGCAAUGUGCCUCUGCUGGAGAGGGGUGAGGUGAUCGAUAAACGCAGACCAAAGAUGUGCCGUCACGUGCUAUACGUGAGGGAAUUAUAUUUGAUAGAGUACAUACAGGCAGAUCUCUAUUUUUCUGUAUCCCAAAUUAUGAUAUGAUUUCCUUCUGUCGUGCCAGGUGUAAUUAUUGUGCAGUCAAUGAAAGGCGCUUUUGGAAAUCAAAUGGCUUUACUGAAAUUCUGAACAAUGUGUUUAGCUGUUGUCGUGGUUUGUAUUUUUUAUCAUGGGAAAAGGUUCUGAUGCCCUCUGGGAAGCCAGCAAUGGUCUAGUGUUAAUUGAUUCUAUGGUUUUUAUAUAAAAUUUAAAUAAUAAAUUCUUUUAAGAAAACCGAAA